CGAGCUGUCACGGCUCGCUUUUCUGGUUUGCCGUUGCUGUGGCAGCCGCGGCCUUUGUGGCCUGGCUGCGAAGCGUUCGAACAGGACGGAGGCUCCGGGGAAUACCAGCGGCAGCUCCGCCGCUUUCUCCUCCUCCUCCUCCCCCCCUUCUCCAUCCCCGCCGCAGUCGCUCACCUUGCUGGUGAUGCAGCCCUGCGGCGGGGACGGAGAGGCGGUGGGCGCCAUGCUGCAGCCUCAGGUGGUGCAGCCCGCGCAGGCUGUCUCCAAGGCGCCAUCCGCCCAAGGCGGAGUCAUGCUCUUCUAUGAGCUGGGGCCCGCGGGCGACGCCGAAGGGGACAGCGAAGCCGGAGGCGCUGGCGCGGAGGGUUCGUGCAGUCCUGCCGGUGGCCUGGAGGACCUGGACGACGAGGACGAGAGCGGUGCCCAGUUGGGGGGAGGCGGCGGCGGGUGCAAAAGCUGCACGUACGAGGGCUGCAACGAGACCACCACCCAAGUGGCGAAGCAGCGCAAGCCUUGGAUGUGCAAGAGGCACCGGAACAAGAUGUACAAGGAUAAGUACAAGCGCAAGAAGAGCGACCAGGCCCUCGGAAGCGCCCCCUGCUCGGCUACCACCGCGGCGGCGGCGGCGGCGGCGGCGGCCGGAACUGGACUCUCGGGGAGCAGUGGGCGAGUUGAGGAUUGCACAGAAACUUCCGUUUCUGUAUCAAAGCAAAGAACAGGUAAUAUUGGAGAUCGGCCUGCAAAACCUACGCUUUUGGAACAAGUGCUAAACCAGAAAAGGCUGUCACUUCUAAGAAGUCCUGAAGUUGUACACUUUCUGCAGAAACGACAACAACUGCUAAGUCAACAGGCAUUGGAACAAAGACAACAACAGUUUUCAGGAGCACCAAUGCAAUAGCAACGGUUUCAUAGCAGAAGUAAACACUGUUAUAAUGGGGUCUACUGAAUUCCUGUAACUGUUGUAGAUGGCUUCAUUUUCUGUAUUACCCAUUUGUCUUUUUGUUUUAUUUGAAAAUGAUGUUUAACACUUAUUUUAAAUUGUUUUUAUGAGCUUUGUGCAGCUUUUCCCUUCAAUUAAAAACUUCCAUUGAUUAGUUUUGGAAGUUAUAUUGAUGUUUUUGGGAAAAAUAAACGGAGAGCAACCAAUAAGCUGCUUUUUAUUUUAUGCAAAGUAACCUUGCAUAAAGUUAUUAUUUUAUGACAUUCAUUAAAGAAAACUAUAGUUACUUUCUAUGGAAGUUUUAAAUAGUGAACUUUGAGCCACUCCAGUAACUUCUUGCUCAGGAAGCCAAAUCUGAGCUUAUUUUACUAACUGGGGGACUGCAGCAAGAUUUGGUUCACAGUUCCAUUACUGUUGUUAGAUUUGUCUCCUGGGCAAUCUAAUUGUUAAUUUCUAUAUUACAUUAUAAAUAAUGUGUCCCAGGUUUGUAUUAAUGUUAUGUACAUUUUGUACACAUGGGUGAAUAUUCAGUGUAUUUCAGUAUAUUACUGCCAGGAUUCAUUAAGAGGCAUUUAUUUGAAUUUAUUUAUAUUAUUGUUGCAUUUUAAUGACUUAUUUGUACUAAGGGACACCUAUAGUUUAUACAAGACUAUAUUAAAGCAUCAUUUUUGUAUAUUUGUAAUUUUUGAACUCUUUUUGAACAUACGUAGUUUUUUUAAAAAACCUUUUGUAAAAUGUCAUUUAUUUAAGUUAAUUUUUUACAUCAGACUUUUAAAGGAUUUUGUAACUGUAUAUAUUAGGCUGACUCCAGUCUUAAGUCAUACUGAGAUCAAUAGAACUAAUCAAUCCAAGGACUCAGUGAUGUUAGUGAUUAUAUUCUAAGUCUGAAUCCAAGCCAUUGUGUAUAAUUGGUAUUGUCUUCUGUGUUACCACGAUCCUGAUUAGCUUAGUAUCUCUCAGCAAAGAACUUCUUUGUAUUUAUGGAAAAAGAAAUCCUAAGCUGUGUCAAGAAAUGCAAAUUUAAAACAUGGUGGAUUUUUUUAUUUUUUCCUUUCUACAUUAAACGUUUAACCAAC